GGGUUGUGCUUCAUCAUCGAUUCAUUUAUUCGAAGCCACUGCUGUCUAUCGUGACGAAAGUGCGCUUCGCGACUCUUUGUUGUCACACGCUGCAGUUGUGACAUCAUGACGCGGAACACUGGCAAGGAGCAGGUGGCCCCCGACCAGGCCGCGACAACAAGUGAGAGUGGUACAAGAAAGGGACACAACUCGAAGACUUUCGACUCUCCAUUCAAGAUUGAAUCUGGUGUGGAUGCCAAACGUGAUGACCCUGUGUGGCAUUUUGUUGCACGUGGCCGAUACUUGUACCCUGAGACGGCGGUGGGGAGGAAGAGUGGUCGACGAUGUGUCUGCAGAUUGUGCGGGAAAUCCAUUUGUGGGGGCAGUAGAGAAGCGAAGGAACAUUUCUUCAAAAGCAAGGAGUUCAGAUGCCCGGCGGGGACCCCUGCUGUGUAUUAUACCAUAUGGGCGAAGAACAUGGACAAGUGUCCGAAGGACUUUGUUGUCUCGAUUGAGGAGUUGAAGAGGCUCCCUCCUAGCGCUCCGGCAUUCCAGUGGCCGACACUUUUAUUCCCAGAGGACUCGGAGCCUCGUCGGUCGCUUGCUAGUGAGGCAGGGCCGUCUCGCGGUGCAGUUGGUGCACCGGUUCUGGCACCUGUGGSGGGAGGACUGUCGGCCGGUGCAGUCCCACCGCCGGUACUUGGAGGGACCGCGGUGCCGUCGGCAGAGGCAACGAGACCGCCACCUGCGUCGCUUGAGGGCCACCGUGUCUCUCUGUCGGUUGGAUUGCAUCCUAUGUUCACGACUACCGUGGCUAGAACAUCGGCUGCAGCAGGAGCUCCUCUUGCGGUGCUCGAUACCACGUGUCAGAGUGGUUGCACUAUUAUGACGGAUGGUUGGACAAACAUCCGUGGUCAGACAUUGUGCAACUACCUUGUCGGUACAGAGAGGAGACCCGCGUAUCUUGCCACUGAUGUUAUGCGGGGGAGGAAGGACGCGCCAGCAUUGGCGAAGGCAUGGUUGCACAGGCUGAAGACCCUCGAUAGCCAGCUCAGCUACAUCACGGCAUUUGUCACGGAUUCUGCAGGUGUGAAUGUGUCCGCCAUGCAGAUAUUCGAGGAGGAUGAAAGCGUCAAACAUAUUUUUUGGAUUCCGUGUGUGGCACAUGUUAUGGACCUCAUCUUGGAGGACAUUGGGUCAAUUGGAUGGGUGGCAUCACGCAUUGCUCAGGCGCGACUCGUCACGAAGUUCUUCAAGCGCCACAGUCACGCACGCGAGGCUUUGGAGAAGAAGACGAAGAUGAAGUUGUUGCUGCCCGCAGAGACUCGUUUCGGCACCAACGUCAUCAUGAUCAGGAGAUUGUUGGAUCUGCAGACCCAUCUCAUGCAGGUCGUUACCGAGGAUCCGUGGCGCGACACUGUUUGGGCCACGCGGAAGGUCGGUCAGGAUGCCGCCAAGAUCACAGCAUGUGUGGGGUCUUCUCCAUGGUGGGAGGAUUUGAGGCGUUUGUGUAAUAUCAUGGACCCGAUCAUGGAGAUGCUGCAGAUGCUGGACAGUGACACACGGCAGAUCAGCAAGGUCCUGCGUCGGUAUGAGAUUAUAAUCGCAUCUUGUCUUACCGCGUGCGACUCCCUCACCGCGAAAGAGCAGGAUGAGAUCCUUGAGGUUUUCGACAGGCGGCGCAUCAUGUUCCGUACUCCAGUGCACAUAGCGGCCAUGAUGCUUGAUCCUGAGUUUCGGGAUGCCACCCUGCCGGACGACGAUGUGAUGCAGCAGGGGUUGAUUGCCGCUUUGGUUCAGUUUGGCUACCCCGAGGGAUCUCCGCAGCACAUCGAGGUGCUCACCGCGAUCAACAAGUUUCAUGCCAGGGAGAGACCUUUCGACAAUGCCACGAUGGAUAGAGCGAUGAGGAGCUAUGAGCACCCGUCCAGUUUUUGGGAGUCGAAGUCGCGCAGCUCCGAUAGCGACGACGAGGAUUUCUUCUGUACCGCCAUGCCGCGAGGCGGAGACGACGACGGCAGGCCGGACGACGACCGUCCGGAUGAUGACGAUAGUGAUGAUGGAGCGGGCGACGGUCGGGACCCUCGAUCGUUGAGACGGGGUGGUGGCACUGGUGGGAGAGGUGUUGUUGCACCACGAGAUGCAGCACGUGAUGGCGGAGGAUUAGACGUCGUCGACGGAGGAGGCGGCUCAGGCGGGCCACAGGCCGAGGAUAUCGGAGCAGCGCUGGAGCGUACACGUGCGGAUGUGACUAUGGACGCCGAGCAGAAUGCGGGAGUGGAUGUUGUCGACGGCGGAGGCAGCAGGGAUGGACAGGCCAGUCCCCCGCAUGGCUCGAGACCUCACCUCGUACGAUUGCGGCAUGGGCCGAAGAGGACACAGUCGAUUGCCGAUCUUCAUGGCGCAGAGAAGGACGCACAUCCACUUCCACGCAGUCCAGUGCUCGGUGGUGGUAUGGACGUGGCAGACGUGUGCAUGGAGGUGAUGGAGGCGAUGGACUUAGGAUGUCCCUCUGCGCCGAUGACGGACGUAGAUCAGCGCGCCGAAGUGGCGAGUGGAUUUCCACGCACAGAUAUCUCAGGAGUGUCUACCAUGGAUGAUGGUGAGAUCACUCCAGUGGUGGGAGGCCUAGGAGACGGGAAUGUUCGCCUCUCUCACCCCACCGGCAGUCUUCCUCGAACUGCUGACCUGCUCUCCAUAGGUUCUGCACUCGACGGGCUCCCCGACAUCCGCACCCUCGUUUCGCCGUCAUUGUCGUACGUGCAGCCCCCUUGCCCCGAUGGUGGGAGCACCCGGGCCGCAGGAGACGAGGAUGUCGGCCUCGCGUGCCCCGACGGUAGUCUUCCUCGCAUAGGCGAUAUGGUGGGCAUGGGCACGCUCCCCGACAGCAUGUUUGGUGCUGACACGAUUAUUCCACCAUCGUUGCCGCUCGUGCCGUCCCCUGGCCUCCAGGGUGGGCCCACCCGCGACGCAACAGACAGAGGGUUUGACGAGUUCGGUGGAGAUACGAUAUUGUCUGCCAUGGCCUCUGCAACCCCAUCCAUAUUUCGGGUGGGGAAACCCCACGAGGUCGCUCUAGGCUUGGCCGAGACCAUGACACGCCAUAGAGGUCUGCCACAUACGAGGGACGGGCGGAGCUCCGCACAACGUAGCCUCGCUGACUCUUUGGACGGAGCGUCUUCUGACAGCGGCGUGCGAGAGGGUGCGCCAUUGGGUGGACUUGGAGGGGAUCCUUGUGUGGGAGCACCACCUGCCACGCRCAUGGAUUYUGCACCACAUGCGGYCGGGAGGGGCRGUAGGGAGGAGCGACAGGGAGGAGCUUAUGCGRGGGGKUCUGGCCCACCUGUGCCAAGGUUGGCAGCAUCGUCUUUUUACGACCGGGGGAGAGCAGCACYAGUCGAUGGCGGAACCGCGGCAGGGAGGAGUGCAUGCGGCAUGCCAGAUGUGCCCUUUGGAACACGUUCCAUCGGCGCUGUUGGCGGUCGUAACCAUGGUGCGAUGCGUGAGUAUAAGGACCAGCAUGGCAGACGGCUGGCCACGAAGACAUCAGAUGUUGCCUUCACCAGGGUGGUGAAGGCAAGUAUGUCGCGUGCAAAGAGUAAGGGAGGGCACGAGAGGGUUUCACAACAUUCGAGUCGUCGUGGCACCGCACCCAGGGAGUCUGUGCAUGGUGACACUCAGGACGAGGAGGUUGUUGCAGCGCAUGGUGGUGUACCGGAGGAUGGACAGGCAGGUGAUGGAGGCCGUUCACGCAGAUUGUCACGCGUGCAUGACAGCUCCGGCAGCGCAGGGGACGAGCGGCGCAACCACACCGAGGGGGCUGGUCGUGGAGAGAAGAGACGAGGUGCUUUCACCAUUGUACACGAUGACAGUUCUGACAUCCCGACCAGCGAGUCGACGGGGGCCGACGACCCAUGUGACUCUGAUUAUAGACUGGAUGGAUCUCGACCUGCACGCAUGGAGUAUGGAUCUCGUCCUGCACGCAUGGCGGAUGGAUCACGACCAGCACGCAUGGCGGAUGGAUCUGAUCCUGGAGGACGUCGAUUCACACGCAGGGCAGCACUCGAUGCACAGGGACAUUUGACUCCUUCGACUCUGAGACCAUUCAUCCCCCGGCCCCGGGUUGACAGGGGCGAACAGGCUCGUACAGUCCUACUGGCAAUAGAGGCUAGGCGACUUCAGAGAUUGACCCCUGCAUUCCCGCGUCAUGAUGGGACUGGCGAUCAGAGAGAGAGGCAGAUGGUCACAGACAUAGGGGGAGUGACAGGGGGGGGGGGUAGGUGAUGGAUCUGAUGGUGGAGGCGGGGGGGGGGGGGGGCUUGGGAGUGAGAGAGAGAGUGGGAGAGAGAUAGAG